AAAAUUAUGAGCCCUCAACAACCGCUUAAUGGGAAGAGGGAUCAGAGCACCGCCAAUACCAACAACAAUGCCAAGGUUUUGUGUCCGCCUCCAUUGAAGAUCAAUAAGGAUUCUCAUUUCAUUAGGAAAUCUUCGUCGUCUAAUUCUACUUCGCCUUCUUCGUCUUCGUCUUCCACUUCUUCGCAGCUUGUCAAUGGCGUCGCCGCCGCUGUUGCUGUCGCAGGUUCUGUCAAGCCGCCGCCGCAGCGUCAUCCGGUGAUUAUAUACACGCAUUCUCCCAAAAUUAUCCACACGCAUCCUCGAGAUUUUAUGGCGUUGGUGCAAAAGCUCACUGGAAUGUCUCGAUCCGAUGAAGAAGCUUCUCCUAAGGCGACGAAAUCUGGCGACGAGAAUAAUAAGGGAUCUAAAGCCGUUGUGAGUGAUGAUAAUGAAUCGUCGUCCGUUGUGACAGAGGAGAAUUGCUGCAGCGGCGGCGUGGUGGAAGGUCAGGUUAAUUCGUGUUUUGCUCCGCCGAUCUUCGAGCCACCGCCACCUCCUCCACAACUUGCUAAUUCUUACCUAACGAACAUUCCGGUUUACAGGCCGAAUUCGACGGAGUUUUUGUGCUCUAAUCAGCCGUUUUUUAACUACGACGAUUCCUUGCUCUUUGGCGCUCCUAACAUCCAAUCUCUUGCGUCCACUAAUUCUACACUGAACGGAAAUAACGAUUUCUGCGAAUAUGGCGAAUAUUAGGGCUUUUUGUUUGUGUUGAUAGUUGAGUUUGGGGAGGGAUUAUUUGAUUCCAUUUGAUUUUGAUGCAAAUAAAAAAAGAUUAUCGUUCCU